CUGAGCAGCUGUAGCUCCUGUAGCGGUAGCAGCAGCUGCGGGCGAAACAUCCUACAUCAUCAUCAUCAUACGCAUCCGCAUCCGCAUCCGCACACGCACUUGCAACAACAUCAACAACAUCAACAACAGCAGCAGCAGCAGCUACAACGCAGUUGCACCCGCUGCCAGAGCUUCCAUCGUCAUCAUCAUCGACAACGCCGACGAAGCUCUGCGUUGCGUGAAGACUUCAGCAGCAUGCCGACAUCUAGCAAUGACUGCAGCGGCGCUAGCAAUAAGAACAAUAUCAACACUAAUGGUCGCGGUAAUGGCGGCAGUAACGGUAGUCACACAAAAGCGGUUGUUACUUUUUCACCGCCGAUUGUUGCAGCAUCGAUGAACGUACCGCCUUCGUUGUCUGGCUCAAUGAACACCAUUUCCUCGGUGCCGACAUCGUUAAUGUUGGGCGCACCGCCAACACCUGCAGACGGACACUCACGCAGUGCGGCCACAACACCGCUUACGACGAAUGUCAGCGCAAGUGCGACGAACACCACGAAGCAUUGCAGCUUUGCGCUUACGCCACUCAUACCACCACCGCCACCGCCACCGCCAAGGCAAUUGUCGUUUCUCACUUCAGCGCGUUUUCAUGCGAAUGCCACCCACAACGAUAGUAAAGCGGAGGCGGCACCGCAUACGCCCCCUACAACAUUUGGCAAUUCAAUGCUUUUGCCACCUACAACAGCAACAGCAUCAGCACCAUCACUUAUCGAAACAGUAGGCAAUUUGGCACAGUCGCCGCCAAUCGUGCCGCUCACACCACUAACGCCAAGUUCACACACAGAGCUCGAAGAGCACGGCAAGCAUGCGCCACUGGAGGCUCAACAAAGCGCGCUUAGUCAAUUAACUACAUUGGAGGAUGUUGUCAUAAGCGGCACGCGUUUUCAUGCGAAUGCCACCCACAACGCUAGUAAAGCGGAGGCGGCACCGCAUACGCCACCUACAACAUUUGGCAAUUCAAUGCUUUUGCCACCUACAACAGCAACAGCAUCAGCACCAUCACUUAUCGAAACAGUAGGCAAUUUGGCACAGUCGCCGCCAAUCGUGCCGCUCACACCACUAACGCCAAGUUCACACACAGAGCUCGAAGAGCACGGCAAGCAUGCGCCACUGGAGGCUCAACAAAGCGCGCUUAGUCAAUUAACUACAUUGGAGGAUGUUGUCAUAAGCGGCAGUGCGUGGAGUAUACGUGUGGAGGAUGAGUGCAGCGAAUGA